CCUGCGGAUACAAUCUGAAAGCCAUUCAUCCACUCACGCAUUGAGCCUUCAUUGGGGUUCUGAUGGCUCUGGGUUCUUCAUCUUUUGCUUCAGUAAGGUUAAGUUCCAUUUCCUUCCCUUCCAAAAACCCUAGAAAUUCGAAUUUGCUUUCCAUCAAACACCUUCUAUUCAGCCAAUCUUCAUCGGCCGAUGCGCUGCCAAGGCCGUCAUUUCGCGUUUCUGCUGACUCAGUCCCCAGAACGCGUUUUAUUGCCCGGCGCAAAGAGUCCGUUUCAGUUCGGCAACUAGAACGCCCUCUAAGUGAGUAUAUGAGCUUGCCUGCAAGCCAGUACUCAGUGCUGGAUGCGGAGAGGAUAGAGAGGGUAGAUGACAACACCUUCAGAUGUUAUGUGUAUAGGAUUAAGUUCUUUAAUUUUGAGGUUUGCCCUGUUUUGCUCGUUAGAGUUGAAGUGCAGCCCAACGGGUGCACCAUUAAGCUCCUGUCUUGCAAGCUUGAGGGUUCUCCGAUUGUGGUUCAGCAGAAUGACAAGUUUGACGCUUCUAUGGUGAACCAAAUAUCUUAUGAUACCAACACAAGCAACUCAGCAAUUCAAGAACUAACUUCAAAUGCAGUCAUUGAGGUUGGCAUUGAGGUUCCUUCUUUUUUACCAAUUCCAUUGGGUUUGAUAGAAUCAACUGGGACACAAGUCCUUGAGCAGAUACUAAGGCUAAUGCUUCCCCGCUUCAUGGCACAGCUUAAGAAAGACUAUCAAGCAUGGGCCUCCGGUGACACCUCAAGGCAGCCUCUUGGAACUGGACAGAUUUGAGGCUACACGCAGGGGACAACAUUUGGUCAGCUUGUUCAAUUUUGCUAUGACAUAGGCUGUUCAGAAAUCUGUCUGCUCAAGACUGUUGUUAUGGUCAUUAAGUCUUUAGCUUGUUUGUCUAAAUUCAACUAAUGACCUUGCAGCUUGCAACUACCCCACCAUGUGGAUACCUUUCCUAAUGUUCUAGCUUUAGUUUAAUUAGUACAAUCUAGUCAUAUGGUGAUUAUUUUUCUGGUCUAGUCAUAUGGUGAUUAAUUUUAUGGUGUGGUUACUCUAUUUUUGUCUGAUUUUGUGGGUAAUUUCUUUGGUUUAACUUGUUUUCUCAAUCACGGUAUUUUGGGUAAUG